AAAAUGUUUUCAAAAUGUUAUCACGCUUCUCUCAAACAUGUGAGCUAAUUUCAAGCACCAUUAGAAGUGUCUUCGUGCAUAUGGCUUAGAUAUUGAAAAAGUGAACCAUAAGGUAAGCUUAUCAGCUGAGGUAUCAAUUAUGAAGACCACUGACAUCAAUAGCUCGUGUGGGAAAAUGUGUCUGUCAGCGUGGAAGUAAAAGGAGCUAAGGUGUCUCGAGGAAAACUGUUUGCCAUUGGGGUGUCGGUGAUUGUUUCAAUGAUUCUGGCAACUGCCAAGUCAACACAAGUGCCUCCUCUGGUCCCUUUCUUCUAUCGGUGUUUGGGCGCCGCUUCGGUGCUUCUCUGUAUCUCCAUUUACUCGUGUGGAUAUGGAAUCGUCACACAAAUCACAGGCCACUGGAAGCUGCUCCUGGUGAGGUCUGUUUGCGACGGAUCCUCUGCUGGCUUCAUCUGGAUGAGUCUAUCGUUCUUUCCCCUCACUGAGAUUGGCUUCGUGUUACAGACGCAAGCUGCAUUCACAAUGCUUGUUGCCUUCAUUAUACUGAGGGAGAAACCAUCACUGUUUCAAAUUAUAUGUGCUGUUGGUGCAACGAUUGGUGCUAUAAUAUUCAUGCAACCGCCAAUUUUGGGCUUUCCGGAAAGGGUCGAUGCCGUUGCGAAAUCUGCGGAUGUCGCUGACAGCUCCGGGAUCCGUUUUUACUUUGGUCUGGCUACUGUCGUGUGCGGCUUGCUGACUUUUGCAUUUGGGGCAACUAUGAUGAGAAUGAUCUCGACCUCUGGAGAGAUCCACUGGGCAGUGGCUGGAAUGCUACAGGGCAUUUCAGGAGCCUUCUUCUCACUGCUGGCGUUGUAUUUGACUGGAAGUGUGGCCUUCAUCUUUGCAAUAUGUACAGUGCGUAUCAGAUGUUCAAUUGGUGCAAUAGUUUUGCUGGCUGUGGCACUUCAAGGCGGUUUCUUUUUCAGCAUGAAGUAUGAGAAAGCGUCUCUUCUUCCGAUUCUUUUGACGACUCAAGUAGUGUUCAUGCCCAUUGCCGAUUUCCUCCUAUAUCACACACUGCCAUUGCUAAACAUAUUUCACUACACGGGCUCGGUUGUCAUUCUAGUCUCGGUGCUGUCCCUUUUUGUGGCCAAACAUUUAUCUGUGGUGAGAUUUGAGAAACGAAGGCAGGAACAGAAAACCGAUUUGGAACUAGAGGAGUUUGACCCUAACCAUCAACAGACCAGUACUUCUACCUGACAGACAUUAUCAAGGGCCAAAGUUAAUUGCAAUUUCGACGCAAUUCA